UUAAAACGCCAAGUUUCCUAUGUUGUCUGUUGAACGAAAUUCGUCUUCAAUGUUUCUGAACUGAAAAAUAUGUGCUAGAUAAAUAAAAACAAAUAAAUUAUUAUAUUUUAAUAAAGAUUUUGUUUUAAAAUCGUAGGAAAAAGUUAAUGCAUUUGAGAAACAUUAUUAACAUUUUAAAUUUAAUUAUUAAACUUAUAGUUAAUUAGGAAUAGGCUAAUUACAAAGGAAGGAUCAUUAACACUUUUAAGAUGGCCAAAAAAAGGCGUAUGACUGGAAUGGCGAGUCCAAGCUCGUCCAAGAUGAGAUAUGAGGCGCGUGGUGAUGACGUGAUGAUGGCCAGGGACCGGUUGAAGGGUGCUCUGCAAGAGCUUAUCAACAGCGAUGAAGACUCAAGUUCCAGUCAAGAGGAGAUAAUUUCUACACCCAGCAAACCUGUUCAGAUAAAGAAAGAAAUUAAGCCCACGAUUAUACGUCGGCGCAAGCGCAAAGCAGCCGUGGAUUUGGAGAUGGGAUUCCACCACACAUUUGUCAUGAAACUCUUUGAUCGUAGCGUAGAUCUUGCACAGUUCAAAGACGACACGCCACUCUAUCCGAUCUGUCGUGCUUGGAUCGCUAAUCAGCCACGCGUACCACUGCCGUACCCCCCACUAGAGAGUCCAGAGAUAAAGAAUGAAGUGGAAGGUGCCUUUGAAUUUGAUACAGAGGUUGUAAGAGAGAUGGAAAAACUUCCCCCACCCAUCUCUCCACCUUUGGGUUGUCGAAUACCUGCUGUUGCACCUCCCCAGCUCACAGGAAUCUCCUUGGAUUACAGUGGAGACAAUUUACCGACAGCUGAAGAAUUGCUCAAGGGACAUGUUUCGAGAUGGACAAACAUCCGAAAACAGUGGCUAGACGCAGCUCAAAUCAAUGAGUCCAGAUUUCAGAACAGUGGGAAAGUACUCUCCAACAUGUAUAAAAGAGCACAGAGUGCAUUCUUAGGCUGAGUAAUCACCUAUGAACUGACUACAGUAAUCACCUAUCAUCUAAUUUUGUACAUAAAAUAAUCUUUUAUAAAACUAUGUACUUGUGGAAAAAGUAAAAUAAAAUAUUAUAAAAUA